AAUCAAUUUAGAGCUAGGGCAAAUAAAGAAGUUGGAGCAUUUUACAUUAGAGAACUGUUCUGUUGCUGCAUGAUCUCUGAAUACAACUAGAAUGAUCAUUGAUUUACUUUGGUCUUUUAAGCCUUGUCUAUAUUUACAGAGGGCCUGUGUAAGGAAGCAGUAUCUCUUGCUAUUUUAAUCUGCUGCUUCUAACAUGGCUCCAGCCCCCAUGUGGAAGGGGCCCUAAAUGUAACAGCUUGUGUGAAUGUUUAUAUCUUUACAUGUAUAUUAACUUUUCAGAAAAACAGAGACAGAGGUCUGAAAUGUUUGCACUUCCUUAUGGUUUGUUUCUUCUGUGAUGUCUCUGUAAAGGAACACUGCUUUUAAUUCCAAGGGAUACUGGGGGCUGAAGAAGGGGUAACCUGUUGUAAUGGGGCUCCUGAGGUACACUACAUGCUUGUAAGAGGGUUGUUGCCUCUGUUUAAUCUUUUUAGCUGUACCACUGCCUCAGUUUCCUCUUUGUAUAUAACAGCAUGCCACAAAUCUUAGUAACAUAUAAGAUCUUCCUUCUGGGUCUUCAAAUACCAUUCAAAAUGGCCCCCACCCUUUACACAGCAGGUUUUCUCUAGUCUUUCUCCUAAGUCCUGGGGCCCAUCCCUUAAUGCCAGAGUUCCAGGCAGCUGAUUCACUGCUCAGCUACAAGGUUUCAUACUAUCUUCAGGCUGUCCCUGGCUUGCUUACCAGCUUCUUGCCCCAGCCCUGUUUGAACGCACUUUGUUUACUGGAUCCUCGGUGAGCUCAUGCAGCUCUUUUUCCUCUUUGGUCACAGGGAUUUAGUCCUUGGCCCAGCCUCUCUUCAGCUAUUUCCUGGGCUCUGCCAUGAGGGAAGUAACAGCUCUUCUCCAAGCUUCCCCAGAGAGAAGCUUUCAAGCAGCCCCUGCUUCUCACACAGGCCUUCUCCCAGACUGGGCAACUGGGCUUGACUUUUAUUGUCUGCCUUGCUUAUGUGAUCCCAGGACACUCCAGUUAGUCCUGGUGGACUACAUCCUUCAGAAUUCCCAGCUGUGCUGGGUCAUACCUGCACUUCCAGGACCUAGUGCCCUGGUACAGUGCUGUACAAAUAAAAUCUCCAAAUCCUCAGUUGUAAGCUUGACAACUACAAAUACGCUAUAAAAAUAACAGUUGAAAACUCUUUCUCUUACCUAUGACUUGUUCCCUUCCCCUCCAAUGACUGAUGUCAGAACCGCCACAAGGAAGUAUUAGACUGAAUAAUUUAUGUCACUGCAGUGCCUGGAGGUCCAGAUCAGGGAUUGUGCUUGGCACCUUGCACGCAUAAGAAAAAGAUGCACCAAAAAGCUUAAGUAUUUAAAUAUGCUGCUUUCUGUGUUGGUGUUUUGUUUCUUGGUUUUGUGGUUUUUGUAUUUGCAGCCAUUGAAGGAGAAACAAUAUUGAAUGCUGCACAUAAGACUUGUACAUAGGUUGUUUUUAAAAUGCAAAAAAAUCACUUUUUUAUCUCUGAUGUGGGUGUGGUCUGAGCCAACAUUCCAGAGGGAAACAACUCCAAAGUUCAGAGUACUGAAGAGCAAAACUUGUACUCUGUAGUGUGGGCCGCUCUCUGGUUUAAGAAUAAUAUUACUGAUGUUGGAUCUUGCCUCUUAAGAAUAUUUGUGACCGCUUUCUGGUUUCCCUUCAGUAGUGCAAGUUGUCUGCUUCGUGUUUGUAAAACAGCAGCAACUCUCUAUAUUUGUGCUUUAUUGCUGUGGAAGUGGGAACAACUUAAAGAAGUGAAAGUGCUUUGUUCUGCAGUAGAUAUUAGAUAAUGGGUGCCUAGAGGAUUCCUAAUAUGUAUGUUAAGAUGGGGAUAAAACUAUAUGACAUGACAAACCAUUAAGCAAAACAAAGUGAUUGCAGCAGCAAAUUCCUUUUUGUGUCUGACUUGUUGUAUGCUGUCUUUUCUAGGGGGAUUAAAUGACAAAAUGUGGAAGGCGACUGUUCUGCUGACUUUGCUGAGCCUGAGUGUGACCUUCGAGCUAGGUCGUGCUCGUAAACAAUGGAGUGUCUUUCGCAACAUGUUUAAAAGGAUCCGCUGUUCCACACCAUCAAGAGGAGACCCAGGGCAGCCACUCUUCCUUACCCCUUAUAUUGAAAGUGGGAGACUUGAGGAAGGAAGGCAGUUAAGUUUGGUUGGGCCUCUCCAAGGAGUAAAUGUGAAGAGUUACUCUGGCUAUCUCACAGUGAACAAGACUCACAACAGCAAUCUCUUCUUCUGGUUCUUCCCUGCUGAGGUGCAGCCAGAGGAUGCCCCGGUCCUUCUUUGGCUCCAAGGUGGACCAGGAGGAUCAUCAAUGUUUGGGCUUUUUGUUGAACAUGGCCCAUAUGUUGUCGACAAGAAUCUCAGAUUGUAUAAACGGAAGUUUCCUUGGACAUCUAAAUUUUCCAUGCUUUACAUUGACAAUCCAGUUGGGACUGGCUUUAGUUUUACUGAUGAUACGGGAUAUGCAGUAAACCAAGAUGAUGUAGGAAGAGAUUUAUACAGUGCACUCAUCCAGUUUUUCCAGCUAUUUCCAGACUAUCAGAAAAAUGACUUCUAUAUUACAGGAGAAUCUUAUGCAGGAAAGUAUGUGCCUGCUGUUGGCUACUACAUCCAUACCUAUAGUUCCAAAGCCAAAGUUAAGAUCAACUUCAAAGGAGUUGCUAUUGGUGAUGGUUUCUGUGACCCUGAAAUGAUGCUGGGUGGCUAUGCACAAUUCCUGUACCAAAUUGGCUUGGUGGAUGAGAAGCAGAGGGAGUAUGUCCAGCAGCAGACUGACCUGGGAGUAAUUUAUAUCCAGCAGAAGAAGUGGAUGAAAGCCUUUGAAAUUUUUGAUACUCUAUUGAAUGGUGAUGAAACAAGUUCUUCCUACACUCAGAAUGUUACAGGAUGUAGCAACUACUUUAACUUUUUGCAGUGCCAGGAGCCUGCUGACCAGGAAUAUUUUGGAGCAUUUUUAUCACUUUCAGAAGUGAGGAAAGCUAUCCAUGUGGGAAAUCUUACCUUUCAUGAUGGGUCUACAGUUGAGAAGCAUUUGCUUGAAGAUGUGAUGAAGACAGUAAAGCCAUGGUUGGCUGUAAUUAUGGAUAACUAUAGGGUUCUGUUAUACAAUGGGCAGCUUGAUAUCAUAGUAGCAGCUCCACUGACGGAACGCUUUCUGCCUACUGUGCCAUGGAGCAAGGUGGAAGAAUACAAAAGUGCUGAAAGACUCAUAUGGAGGAUCCAUCCCCUUGACAAGGAGGUGGCUGGUUAUGUGCGCCAAGCUGGUGAAUUCUAUCAGGUAAGGAAAGGAAGCUCUUGAGACAUGGACUCUAUA